ACCGUUUGAAUUAUAUUUUUUCUUGUCCAAUUCGAAAUGUAUAAAUAUUGCCCGAUUCGAAUAUGAUCUGUUCAUUCUGUUUCUAAUCAUCGUGAUAGUUUAAAUAAACCAAAUAACAAUAACCAUUAUCAUCAUCAUCAUUCAAUUAUAAUUGAUAUAUAAUGAUGAUGUUCCAUUUUAUAUUAACCAUCAUUAUGAUGAUGAUGAUGAUGAUGGUAACAAUAUCAAAAUCGGCUCCAUAUUCUGGUGUUAAAUCCGGUAAUAUUAUUCGUGGUGGUCAAUCACAGAUUAUGGCUGCACCUAUUAUGAUUCGUACAACUAAUUCAAAUUCUGGUUAUGGUUCAUUAUAUGGUCGUUUAGCAUCAUCAUCCAAUGGUGGUGGUGGUGGUGGUGGUGGUAUUAUUCCAAUAGCCAUUCAAACCAAACAUAAUAUCGAAUAUAAAGAUGUUCCAUCAAGUGGUUCAAUUCAAACGGCUACUGUUGAAGUCGGUGCUCGAUCCAUACCUAUAAAUAUUAUUUUCCGUUCAGCAUCAUCAUCAUUGAAUGUAUUACAACGUCAUCAAGGUGCCGGUGGUGAUACACAAGAAUCACAUUCAGAAGAUGAACCACAUGUAUUACGUCAUACGGUGAAAAAACCGAUUUAUCAAAUAGUCAAUGAAAUCAUAACACCAUAUAGAAAAAUUUCACAAGAAGUACAUCCAGUACAAGAGGAAAUUAAAACCGUUGUAGCAAAAAAUAGUAACCAUCAUCAACCUGUUGGUCAAAAUCGACCAACAACAAUCAAUAAUCAUUAUGCUGCUGCAGCAUCUACAAAUAGAAAUCAUCAUCAUGUACAACCAUCAUCAUCAUCAUCAUCAUCAUCAUCAAUUAUUCUUGGUUCACAUUCCAUGGAAGAUGAUGAUGAUAUUGAUAAUAAUAAUAAUAAUGAUAAUAAUGAUUAUCAAAAAUUAUUACAAAGUGGCAGUGCUAUUGUAACGACAUCUUCCGUAUUGAAAGGUACUGAUGUUGAUGGAAAAUCUAUUGCAAAAUCGAUGGAUCAAAAUUUAACAAAAUCUGUUGCUGCUUUAUUGAAAACACCAACAUCACAGAUAGCUAAAACUAAACCAUCAACAUCCAUAUCGGUCUCAUCAUCAUCAUCAUCAUCAUCGUCAUCAUCAUCAUCGUCAUCAGGUGCAAAAUCAUAUCAGGUUUAAAAAAAGCGACAACAACAACAACAACAAAAAAAAAUUCGAGUCAAACAAAAAAAA